CUCCAAACAGCGACUUACACUACUUCCAUCAGCUGCACUCUCCGUUCUAAGACAAACGUCCCCGCGCGAUUUACACUCACUGAAACAAAAAAGAAAAAAGAACAAAUGUCGAUGACGACAAUUGAUUCACAUUUUGAGGGUUUCGGUCUCGCCAACCCAGGACUUCCGCCCGGCCACAUUCUCCAGCUCCCUGACGAGGUGCUGGUUGAUAUCCUCUUGACAGCCGCGGAAUGGCUAAAGAACAUUGACGGUGCCGAUUUCUACGCUCUCUAUGCCGACCGCCGGGUCAUGACGCUGGUGUGCCGCCGCUUUCAUCGUCUCGCCACCCCUCUGCUCUACUCCCAGCUCGUCGUUGUCCUCGAGAGGAUCAUCAACCGCGAAAACAAUCCGGCCGACUCUGAAGUCCAUCGAACUGGUCACAUCGGCAAGGCGCUGGGUCUCCUGCACCGCACUCUGAAAUCGGACUCCAGUCUUCGAAGCCUCUGCAGGGACUUGGUCGUUGAUAUGAAGCAAGCCGAGCACCGCCGCAGGCCCAAGCAGGGCUUGUUCAGAUUCUUCGAUUUGGCUAAGUGGCUUUGCGGCACCGAAAGCCUGCGCAUUCACAAUGGUUUUGGCAACGGCGAGAGAGGACUCACCUAUUCGUUCCUGAGCCUGGCUAUGGAGAACUUGCCGCGGCUGAAACGACUGGCCCUGACCUAGACGCAGCAAUCAUUAUACUUCAACGCUCGCACCAUAUUCACGUCCGAGUGGCAUAAGAGGAUUGAUUAUUCAGUUUCCCGAGCUCAGAGAACUGCAGCUGUCUGGCUUGUCUCGGG